UUCAUGUUUUAUAUUCUCAUUAUAUAUUUUUUGUAAAUUUUGAACACAAAAAAAGUUGCGGACUGCAGCUUUAAUUAAAAAAAAUUAUCAAUGAAUAUAUAACUAGUAGGUGGAACAAAAGGUGAAUAAUCAAACGUCAUGUUGAAAGGGUGGUCUCUGUGCUUUCUGUACGUAUAUAAGAGGCAUGUCAGUGAUGAGCUCCAGGAGGCCAAACUGACACGCAUCUUUGUAUGGAUUUGGAAUAGUUCUCUAAUGAAGCAUAGAGUCUACUCAAAAUUGAGCUAUCGACAAUAUGUCUAACUGGGGUGCGACAAACACAGAAAAUGAAACAAUCCAAUACUGCUUUCCGAACAACAAUUUGUCUUGCACCAAAAAUGUAAAACCUGGAGCCGAGUACAUUAUUGUGUACAUAUUCAUUUCUACAAUAUCAGUAUUCACUGUGUUUCUGAACUUGCUGGUGAUCAUCUCCAUCGCUCACUUCAAACAGCUCCACACUCCAACCAAUGUGCUGAUCUUUUCUCUGGCAGUGGCUGAUCUGAUUGUGGGACUGAUUGUUAUGCCAGUACAGGGCAUCAAAUUGAUUGAGCCAUGCUGGUUCUUUGGAGAAAUUUUUUGCUCGAUAUUUCCUUAUAUUUUGUAUGUGGUUACUACAGCAUCUCUUGGUAAUUUGAUUAUUAUAUCUGUGGAUCGUUACAUUGCUGUGAAUGACCCUUUGCGAUAUUCAUCACGGGUAAAUAUUAACAGAGCAGUUUUUUCUAUUGUUGUAAACUGGGUAUUUUCCUGCAUAUAUUCUUUUUUUCUUUUGUAUGACUCUUUACUCUAUCCAGAGAAAAAUCAUACAUGUAUUGGAGAAUGUGUACUUUUUAUUAAGUUGGGAUAUAUCAUAACAGAUGUCUUAGUUACUUUAGUGACACCUUGUUGUUUAAUCAUUUCUUUAUAUCUGAAAAUCUGCUUUGUAGCAAAACAUCAAGCUGAACAUAUCAACUCACUCAGAGACAAAAAGGCCAAGUCAGAAAAAAAGGCUUCAAGAACCUUAGGUGUUGUUGUAAUGGUUUAUCUUCUAUGUUGGAUACCAUAUUAUUUAGCUGCUCUUACUCUUGGGCAAGAUAAAGGUGACUCCUUUGUCAUUAAUUUAAUGUAUUGGAUUUUAUGCAUGAAUUCAUGCAUGAAUCCACUUAUUUAUGCAAUGUUUUAUAGAUGGUUUCGAUUAUCAGCGAAAUACAUUUUGACUCUGAAAAUAUUCGAACCUUCAUCAGAAUACUUGAACCUAUUCCUGGAAGAGAAAUGAUCUUAAGCUGUUGCAUGACUGUAAAGCCUGUAAAGCACACAUAAAGAGUAUAUAUCAACCCAAAAUGAAAAUCAUGUCAUUUAUUCACCCCCAUGUUGUUCUAAACCUUUUUCUUCCUCGGAACAUAAACUGUUUUAAGAAGUAUAUCAUAUUUUGAGAGAUAACUCAGAUUCUUUAAAAUAUAAUUAUGUGUUCCGCAUAAGAAAGAAAUGCGUACAUUUAGAACAAUGAGUUUGAGUAAAUGAUGAUUUUUGGGUCAUUUAAGAUCAUCCGUUUCCAAAUAAGUAGUAUCAUCUUCAUUGUGAAGGAAAAGAUUAUAUCAAUCUUUGUGUAGCAUGUAUGGUUCUGACUUUGUUGUUGACUUAAAGUCCUUCAAAUGUCUAAGAUGAUCUAAAGAACUUAUUUCUAAGAAUACACAAACUCAAAGUGGAAAACUGAUGUACACACAAAUUGUGUUUAGAUGGGAAGAAUAUUGCUGUUAGUGUUAAUCACAAUGAAAUGUGUAGUGUCUAAAGGGACUUUUUAAAGUUAGUUUUGGUCUGUUUUAUUCUGCAAAGGCCAAAGAAAUGUGAUGGUGUGAUGGGGAAAAGUCACUUUGCUUGUAAAGGAUGGAAAUUGAGAGAACAUUUAUUUAUUUUUUGUCAUGUUCAGUGAUAGUCUUUCAUUAAGACUUCUCAGGUUUCAACGCUAAAGAUUAAUUAAAAAUUUUAAUAAAUGAGACAAGACAAAUGGGAUGAAAUGACUAAGGAUUAGUUAGAGUGAUGAUAUGGAUAGUUUCCUGUUUUUCCAUAGUGCCUGUACUGUAUUUAACUUGUCUAACACACAUCUACAGAGAUAUGGGGCCUAUCCAAGUGUGACUAACCAGAGUUACUGUUUCAUCUUUCAAGAGAUGACACUGUAAUCAGUAAAUCUAUAUCUACUUUACAAAUUUUUGUUAUUAAAAGUGAAGGUCUCCUUUAAUUUAAACUGACCUAAAGUAUAUACAGGUCAUGGGAACUGAUGAGGUUAUUGUUAUAGGUCAAAUUAUUGAACGAUACAAACAGUUGCUUUUAUAGUUAAUUAAUUUUUUUAUUAAAAAAACAACUGACGUAAUGAUUUCAAAUGUUUUGAGUUUUAAUUGUGCUUGUGAGUAAAAAGAUAAAUAUUAAUAAAAUGUCUAAUAAUUUAAAUGAUCAAAUCUAACUAUUAACACUCUGAGGUCUGAAAACGCGCCGGCGCGUUUUGCAGGUUUUUUUU